CUGAAAGUCAAGAUCCGUAUUUUUCCUCUCGCUUUGCUCGAGCUUAACACCCUCUCCUUCUAAGUGAGAAGUAGAUCAAAAUUCGACUUGAAAGGAUUUCAAACCUUCGAUGUUCCUGCUUUUACCUUAACUAGAACGAUCGGAUAUGAAAUAGGAAAGGUAAAGAAGGCCGAUUUCGCUACUUCAAUUCCAGAGUAAAGGUAGGCUACUCAAGGAGACCUGCAUAAAACCUUGGUAAUUGCCAUUCAAAAAAAUAUUAGGUUCUAAAAAGACUAUUUUCAAGCAACUGUCCCACCAUCAUCAUCAGCAAGAAAGAAGAGAACAAUCACUCCAGAGGCAAGCGUGGGAGUGUCGAAACCUGCAGUUGUUUCUGAUACAGCGCCUAUGGCCGAGGCAGCAUUCUCGGAAGAGGGAAAGGGGGGCUUUCAAUGUGGCAUUGGAUGGUUUUCACUAUGGUCCAAAGAUCCACCAAUCCAUUCAAAAAGCAAAGCGGGUUUUUUAUGUCACCCAAGUUCAUGUCGCACACCCUUCCAGUGCAGUGGAACAAUUGCUUCAGAGGGAAGACUUCUUGGUUGGGGACCAAAAAGGUCCGCUCUGGCAGCUACAUUUCCUUUUCCAACAUCCCUGGGAGUUGUCGUGAGGAAGAUGCCUAUGCCAACUGAUACUCAUAUUGGCAUCGUUUCAGGGAAUCACCACCCAAGGAUUCCCGAUCGCGAGUCAAUUGCAUGGCCAUGCAAUAGUGGCAACGAGAAUGCGAAGUCUGCAUAAGCUCAGGAGCUUCUAUCUUCUCAAAAGACAUGGGUAAAGGCAAGAAAGUGACAACUGAAAAUGAAGCCACUUUUUUAGGCUACCAAUUUAUGUCAGGGCGAGAGAUCGUGAACUCCCUUCAGGAAAGAAAAAAGAGGCCCUUCCAAGCAUUUAGUUUACGAGCCAUUCGGUUACCCACGGAGAGGUUGUCCCACUCGAAACGAAAAAUCUUUCCUCAGUUGACACCUUAGCCUUCAA